UGGGCCAGUUGCCAUCACAUAGCAAUUUACCGGCCACCUACAUUACUUGAUCGGACCGGCUUUUCACCCUCACUCACCAAGGACCACCACUAUGCCGAACGUUGUACUGGUGACGGGCGGCUCUGGGCUCGUGGGCAAGGCCAUCGAGCACAUCAUCAACACCGAGCCUGAAGGUUCUCGCUUCGGCAAACUCCCUGGAGAGACAUGGAUCUUUGCCACUUCGUCCGAGGGCGAUCUUAGAGAUGCAGCGCAAACACUGGCAUUGUACGAGAAGUACAAGCCUACUCAUGUCAUCCAUCUCGCGGCUCUCGUGGGGGGACUGUUCAAAAACAUGAAGUUCAAGGCAGAUCGCACCAUUCUCACACUCCAAUACGGCGCUGACGCCUUCUCAGCUCACGAUGCUCCGCGACAACAUGCUCAUCAACGAGAACGUGCUGAACGCGUCGUAUGUUAACAAAACUACGAAACUGAUCUCCUGUCUCUCGACUUGCGUCUUCCCGGACAAGGUCACCUACCCUCUGGACGAGAACAAGAUCCACGACGGGCCGCCGCACGAGAGCAACGCUGGAUAUGCUCAUGCGAAACGCAUGGUCGAUGUGCAAAACCACGCGUACAAGGACGAGUUCGGCUGCAAUUUCACCUCUGCCAUUCCUACCAAUAUCUUCGGGCCGUACGAUAACUACGAUCUUGAGGACGCCCAUGUCAUCCCCGCCCUCGUGCACAAGUGCUACCUCGCAAAGCAGAACGGCACACCCUUCAUCGUUGCUGGGACUGGGAAGCCGCUUCGUCAAUUCAUCUUCUCGCACGAUCUCGCCAAGCUGUUCAUCUGGCAGCUACGCGAAUAUGACGACGUGGAGCCGGUCAUUCUGUCUGUCGGUGAAGACGAGGAAGUGAGCAUCAAGCAAGUGGCCGACGCUAUCGUCAAAGCCGUCGGCUUCGAGGGAGAGUACAGUUUCGACACGACCCGCGCUGACGGCCAGUUCCGGAAACCGGCCACUAACAAGAAGUUGAUGGGUCUCAUUGGCGAUUUCCAGUUCACCCCAUUCGAGGAAGCGCUGGAUUACAGCGUGAAGUGGUUCCUUCAGAACUACGACACAGCGCGCACUGGUGUGAAGAAGGCGUGAUGAUUUUGGCUAGAUAGAUUCUGCAGUGUCGGAAAUGUAUCCUGUUGAUUGUAGACCGAAAAGGAAUUCGUUGAAUCAU